GAGGGUGAAAACGAGGAAAGUGGAAAGGUUCUCGUACACAAACGUAUCUGCGAAGCGAUGUAAAAUGCUAUAAAUAAUAAAUGUAGAUUAGCAGUGCCAUUAAAGCCUGCCUGAUAUAGCCUUCCUGCUUGGAGAAGAAGGGGAAGAGAGCAGAAUGGAGUCAUCGAGCGGGAUUAUGAAGCAGAGCUUGUUUGUGAUGAGGCAUGGAGAAAGAAUGGACAACCACGAUCCGCAGUGGGCUGAAUCAGCGCCAAGGCCGUGGGAUCCUCCUCUCACGGACGAGGGGAAACUGCAGGCGUGGAGGACGGGGCAAAAGCUCAGAAGGGAAGGAGGAAAUAUAACCAGGGUUUUCUGCUCCCCUUUCUUGCGCUGCGUUCAGACUGCGGCCGAGGUCGUUACAGCUCUCUGCGUCACAGAUGAUCACGCUAACGCUCCUUCCAGUAAAGAUGUUGUUAUCGAUCCUUCUAAGGUUAAGGUAUCAAUAGAAAUUGGUUUAUGUGAAGUGAUGAAUCCUAUUGCAAUUAGAACCCCUCGAAUCCCACCUUCUCCACCAAAUAUAAUCACGAUACUUGACCAUUCUGAGCUGGAAGUUAUACUACCGGCUGGAACAGUGGAUCAUUCUGUAGAGCCUAUAUGGACAGAGUUACCAACGUGGCCAGAGACAACUGAAGGUGCACACAAUAGAUAUUCAAAUACGUUUCAAGAACUGGCAGACAAGUUUCCACAGGAGAAUGUGCUCUGUGUUACUCAUGGUGAAGGUGUUGGAGUGUCUGUUUCUGCUCUUAAAGAGGAUACACAUGUAUAUGCAGUAGAUUAUUGUGCUUAUUCACAUGCCCAAAGAACCAUCUUCAGCUGUUCAACAGAUGGACUCGAUGCAGGAAAAUUUGAAGUGUUGACAGAGUCAGGCCAAUCAGGUAUCAUGUAUAAUUUAUAUGCUUCGAGAUUCCAGAGGCUGUAACUGGAUAUCUUGAUUGCCUGGUUGCAGAUGCCUGCUUACCAGACAGAAUAAGCUGCAAAACUUGUGUUUUGUAGUUUAGUUAGCUCCCUCUUAAGCAAGGAGGGACGUACAGAGCUUAAUUGAUACCUGCCUUCAUUAGGCUUCCUUAUUCUUAUGAUGCAAAAAGUGAUCCAUGGUCUGAACUAGAGAGGCUUAUCAAUAAUGGUGGCAAUUUAUUGAAUACGAAACUUCAUUUGCAUGUGACAAAUUGUCUUGCAAACAAGAAUUAUAGCCCACCAUUAUUUUACAAACAGGCUUUAUUUUGAUACAAUUUUCAAGCUUAAGCGAUUGCCAUUUUGGUCUCCAUUAGAACA